AUGUCUUAUAAACAAUCCUCCUACUACCCCAGCAGGGGGGAUUUGGCAAAAAAAGAUCCAUCUCAGUACAGUGAUAUCAUACUUUCAGAAAACAAUAAUAGUAAUACAAAUGUAUCGAGUCUUCAAGGUACGUCUAAUGUGGGUUCGGGAACUACUGGUAACCAAUUAUAUAUGGGGGAUUUGGAUCCUACCUGGGAUAAGAAUACUGUUAGGCAAAUUUGGGCAUCCUUGGGUGAAGCGAAUAUUAAUGUUCGAAUGAUGUGGAAUAAUUCUCUUAACAAUGGGUCUAGGUCACCAAUGGGUUCAAAGAAUAAUCAAGGGUAUUGCUUUGUUGAUUUUCCCUCAUCCACUCAUGCAGCAAAUGCACUUCUAAAGAAUGGCAUGCUUAUACCCAAUUUUCCGAAUAGAAAACUGAAACUAAACUGGGCUACAUCUUCAUACUCAAGUGGCAACAGUACGUUUAACAAUGUAAAGAGUAGUAAUAACUGUUCCGUAUUUGUUGGAGAUUUAGCGCCAAACGUUACCGAAUCACAACUGUUCGAACUUUUCAUCAAUAGAUAUGCCUCAGUCGCUCAUGCCAAAGUCGUACAUGAUCAGGUUACAGGGAUUUCUAAGGGGUACGGCUUUGUGAAGUUUGCCAAUUCAGAUGAACAACAAUCAGCACUGUUAGAAAUGCAAGGUGUAUUCUUGAAUGGUAGGGCAAUUAAAGUAGGUCCCACAUCAGGUCAACAACAGCAUGUCAACAGCAACAACGAUUACAACCGCAGUUCUUCAUCGUUAAACAAUGAAAAUCUGGACUCAAGAUUUAUCUCCAAAAGUCAAUCAUUCAUAGGUAGCGGCAGCAGUAACAUGGGUUUGAAGAGAAACCAAACGUCUCAAUUCAUAUAUCCAGUUCAACAGCAGCCAUCUUUAAACCAUUUCACUGAUCCGAACAACACCACUGUCUUUAUCGGGGGCUUGUCAUCCUUAGUGACUGAAGAUGAAUUGCGUGCAUAUUUUCAACCUUUUGGUACCAUUGUUUAUGUCAAAAUCCCGGUAGGAAAAGGUUGCGGAUUUGUUCAGUAUGUUGACCGACUAUCGGCUGAGACAGCCAUUGCUAGAAUGCAAGGUUUUCCCAUCGCAAAUUCAAGAGUUAGACUUUCUUGGGGCAGGUCUGCUAAGCAAACAGCACUGCUUCAACAAGCUAUGCUGAGUAGUUCUUUGCAGGUCCAGCAACAGCAACCAACUUUACAACAACCCAAUUACGGGUAUAUUCCUUCCAGCACUUGUGAAAAUUCUGUGCUAUCAAGUCAUAAUAACAUUACACCUCUGACGCUUCCUGGUUGCCAAACCUUAAAUUAUUCUAAUUCAUACACUAAUGCUAGUGGAUUAGGUAUGAACGAUUAUUAUUUCUACGGCUAUAAUAAUGUAACGAAUAUAUCGGCUGCUAACUUACUAACUGAUACGAACCCUAUGGGCCCUUCGGACAUCAAUGGUCAACAAGUUAUCAUGCAAGGGAACGAAGCGCUUGUUAACAACACAAAUGCAAUGUUGAACCGUUUGGAACAAGGAAGUAAUGGUUUUAUGUUUGCUUGA